AUGUCUCAAUCAGAUCCGAGUUUGUUUGUUAAAAACACUGGAUCAGAUGUUUUAGCUUUACUUUUAUAUGUCGAUGAUAUUAUCGUAACAGGUUCAAGUGAUGCUCUCAUUCAAGAGGUUAUUGAUGAUUUGUCCUCAGUAUUUGAAUUGAAAGAUCUGGGGUUGUUGACUUACUUCUUAGGUCUACAAAUUUCUUAUCCCAGCUCAGGUGGUAUCUUUGUGAAUCAGUAUAAGUAUGCCAAGGAGUUGUUAGCUAAAGCAUGCAUGACUCAAUGUAAAGCUUGUUCCACUCCCUGUAAACCAUAUUCCCAGGUACUUAGCACAGAUGGUGAAUUGUUAAAAGAUCCAACGUUGUAUCGUCGUUUAGUAGGAGCAUUGCAGUACCUUACUUUUACAAGACCUGAUAUUGCCUUUGCUGUGAACUCUGUCUGCCAAUACAUGACAGCAUCUACAGAUUCUCACUUCUUUCAGGUUAAGCGUAUCUUGAGAUACCUACAAGGUACUCUGCAAUAUGGCAUCAAAUUUUCCCCUGGACCUAUGCAACUUAGCGCUUUUAGCGACGCAGAUUGGGCUGGAGAUGCUUCUACACACAGGUCAACUACAGGCUUUGUAGUAUUUCUUGGAAAUAAUCCAAUUUCUUGGCAGUCCAGGGAGCAAGGCUCGGUCUCUCGCAGCUCUACGGAAGCCGAGUAUCGAGCAUUAGCCAAUACAGCAGCUGAUGUUGUUUGGAUUCGUCAAGUGUUGGCUGAUAUGCAUGAGUUUCUGCCUGAGCCUCCUUUACUACACUGUGACAAUCUCUCUGCCUUAGCUUUGAGCUCAAAUCCAGUGUUUCAUUCACGAAUCAAACACUUAGAUAUUGAUUUCCACUUCAUCCGAGAACGUGUCCAGAGUAAAGAUUUUCAUGUGCAGUAUAUACCAACCGAUGAUCAAGUUGUUGAUGUGUUCACAAAGGGAUUACAUGGUCCUGUAUUCUCAAAGCAUUGUAUCAAUCUCAGACUGGGUCGCCCAGCUGAGAUUGAGGGGGGAUAUUUGGCUAAAGGUUAG